AUGUCGAGCCUCACCAGCAGUCUUACAGGUCGCGAGCGAUCAAGAUGGCCACCGCUGACGCGCAUGCUCAUGUCUGGCGAGAUGUCAGAUGAGAAGGCGCGACAGUUGACUCGAAAGGAGCGGUUUGAUGUCUGGAUGGUUAACGAAGGUUACCGAAGAUUCUUCGUCUUCACGUUUAUAAUAUUACACAUCAUGGUCUUCACAUUCGGCAUGAUGAAUUACGGGCUAAAGGAUAACUCCAAAGGCUCAAGACAAAGUUUCGGCGUAACGUUUCCCAUUGCUCGGUCGGCUGCUUUAGUGCUACAUGUCGAUGUAGCCUUUAUCCUCUUCCCAGUGUGUAGGAACCUGAUCUCCAUGGCGCGACGGACGCCAUUAAACGACGUAAUUCCUUUCGACAAGAACAUCACGUUCCACAAACUGGUCGCAUGGUCGAUUGUGUUUUUUUCCUGGGUCCACACGAUUGCGCACUGGAACAACCUGGCAAGAUUCUCUGCAGCGAAUAACCUAGGAUUCAUGGGCUUCAUUCUAGCAAACCUUGCGACUGGUCCUGGGUGGAGUGGAUAUGUCAUGUUGCUCGCUCUAAUGGCUAUUGCGCUGACAGCCGUGGAAAAGGCGCGACGUGCGAAUUUCGAGCGCUUCUGGUACAUGCACCACCUCUUCAUCGUCUUUUUCCUAUUCUGGGCCAUACAUGGAGCGUUCUGUAUGAUUAAGCCCGACUUUGCACCGUUUUGCGACGGUAUUGGUGUCUUCUGGGAAUACUGGAUGUACGGCGGAUUCGCCUACCUGGCUGAGCGUAUUUCUCGUGAGAUUCGGGGGCGACACAAGACGUACAUUUCCAAGGUCAUCCAGCAUCCCAGCAACGUCUGUGAAGUGCAGAUCAAGAAAGAGCACACCAAGACCCGCGCUGGCCAGUACAUCUUCUUGUGCUGUCCAGAAGUCUCAAUCUGGCAAUAUCAUCCCUUCACGCUCACCAGCGCGCCAGAGGAGGAUUACAUCUCGGUGCAUAUUCGUAUGGUCGGCAACUUCACCAAAGCCUUCGGCAAAGCGCUCGGCUGCAACAUCGAAAAGAAGCCCGCCGGAGAAAAGGGGGAGAAGGGCGGAGGCGGUGAAGAGAUUGCGCUCCGUCAGAUCUUGCCUCGGGUUUAUAUUGAUGGUCCUUUCGGCUCAGCGUCGGAAGACGUGUUCAAGUUCGAAGUCGCCGUGCUCGUCGGUGCUGGUAUCGGUGUUACGCCUUUCGCUUCGAUUCUGAAAAGCAUCUGGUACCGAAUGAACUACCCUCAAGGACGCACGAGGCUGAGGAAGGUGUACUUCUUCUGGAUUUGCAGAGAUUUUGGCUCUUUCGAGUGGUUCAGGUCGUUGCUCCUGGCGAUCGAGGCUCAGGAUACCGAAGAUCAUAUCGAAAUCCACACCUACCUUACUGCGAAGAUCAAGGCAGACGAUGCAACAAAUAUCAUGAUCAACGACGCCAACGCCGAGCAAGACGCCAUCACCGGUCUGCGCGCACCGACAAACUUCGGUCGUCCCAACUGGGACAUGAUCUUCAAGUCCAUCCGCAAGAUUCACUCGCCUGCAGAAGCAGGUGUCUUCUUCUGCGGCCCGAAGGGUCUCGGCUCAACACUGCACGUCAAGUGUAAUAUGUACUCAGAACCUGGCUUCAGUUUUGUAUGGGGUAAGGAAAACUUUUAG